AUGUUAACUAUUGAGUUUGAUUUAGCCAAGCGUGAAGGUUUGACAGUGAUCGGAUCAGCUGGUUCGGACGAGAAAGUGGAUUGGCUCAAAACUGAACUUGCUUUCGAUCAUGCUUUCAACUAUAAGACGGCUGAUCCCAAAGCAGAACUAGCCAAAUUUAAUGCUCUCAACAUCUAUUUCGAUAAUGUGGGUGGCAAUCAACUCGAAGCAGCGCUGAAUGCAGCAGACAAUCACGCUCGAUUUAUUGAAUGUGGCAUGAUUUCACAAUACAAUGAACAAGAUGCGCAUGGCAUUCGAAAUCUUAUACAGAUUGUUGCUAAACGAAUCAAGCUUCAAGGCUUCAUUAUUACAGAUAAAGUGCGCGAUCCGGCUUUUCAAAAAGAUUUCUAUUCGAAAGUUCCUCAAUGGAUUCUCAGUGGAGAACUCAAGAUCAAGGAAGAUGUGACAAACGGAUUGGAGCAUGCUCCUGAAGCAGUUGCCGGGAUAUUUCAGGGCAAGAAUUUUGGAAAGGCAGUUAUUCGAAUUGCCAACGAAUGA